UCGACACCUGCAGCUGUUUUCGGUCGAGAAAAAACUCCAGAAGAAAAACAGAGGAAGUCAAGGAUUGAGGGAUUCUGGGGCUCCAUUGCACCGCAAGAACCGAUUGUAAAUAAAACUCAAACGGGAAACAGCCGAGCAAAUCCGCCGGAGAGUCAUGGAGCCGCCAUCGCCGGGCGGAAUCGCGUCCGCCGGCUCGACGCACAAGUUCCAUCCGUGCGAUGAGGCGGUGAUAGCCACCAACGACGAUGCCAGCGACUGCAAGCGGUGUGCGGUCCGGUUGGGCUACUGGAAGGACGACUACAUCGGGUACUUUGUGCGCAACCAGGAGCGCAAGGCGCCGGAGAUCAACCGCGGCUACUUCGCCCGGGUCAAGGGCGUGGAGAUGUGCGUCGAGAAGUUUCUGAAGAAAACCUCGGGCAACUGCCAGAUCAUCAAUUUGGGCUGCGGCUUCGACACACUCUACUUCCGGCUGAGGGACACCGCCCACCAGGUGAAGAACUUCAUCGAGCUGGACUUCCCCACUGUGACCGCCCGCAAGUGCUACACAAUUAAGCGGAACAAGGCCCUGCUGGCCAGGAUUCACGACGAGGACGGCGAAGUGCGGCUAAGUCCCACGGAUCUGCACGGGCCCAGCUAUCACCUAAUGGGCGUCGACCUGCGCAACCUCGACGAGGUGGACAGCAAGCUGCAGCAGGCGGAAGUCGACUACUCCCUGCCCACCAUCUUCCUCGCCGAGUGCGUGCUCGUCUAUAUCGAGGCGCAGAACUGUCGCAAUCUGCUGAAAUGGAUCGCGCAAAAGUUCCAGGCCGCCGUCUUCGUCAACUACGAGCAGGUGAAUAUGAACGACCGCUUUGGCGAUGUGAUGCUCAACAACCUGCGCGGACGCGGCUGCAGCCUGGCUGGGGUGGAAUCCUGUCUGUCGCUGGAGACGCAACGGAAUCGCUUCAAGGACAGCGGAUGGACAGGGGCACGCGCCUGGGACAUGGUGCAGGUGUACGAGAGCAUCUCGGCGGCGGAAAGGCAGCGCAUCGAGCGACUGGAGAUGCUGGACGAGGGCGAACUGCUGCUGCAGCUGUUCCAGCACUACUGCCUGGUGGUUGCCUGGCUGGGCGUGACCUUCCAGGACAUAGAUAUCACGUGCGUGCCAGUCGUCGAGGAGCUAAUGUCCUCGCUAAACAUUGACUAGGAUCUUUGAGGGAGGAAAGGAUAAAGAGACAGCUAAUAUGGAUGCACUAUUUAUUGACUCUCUGUUCUGCUCGGGAGGAAGGCCAUGCCAAAAGAUUUUGCUUCUCAACGUGUUAAAUUAAAUAACAAAUAAUUAUACAAAACCAUCGAAAUCAAAACGUAUUUAAUUAAUAAUCCCACACGGACCCACUCACUCAUUGCUUAAUUUGUACAUUUUUUUUUAAUAUUCCUUAUACAUUCUCUUGUUACAUUCUUUAUUAUUUAAUACUUUUUUUCUUGAACUUGCUCACUAAUUUAUCACCAAAUCGAUGCAAAAAUAAUUGAUCAUUCAUUCCCCAAUUCUAGUGUGCGUUUAAAGUGUAAAUGUAUUUUGAAAUUAAUAAAAACAAAACCUAUUUGGAAAACUGAAA